CCCCGUCGCCAUGGGAACAGGCGAGGCGGCCCGGCUAGCGCGCGGCGCCCGCCUCGGUCUCCGCCGCUCCAGGCGGGUGGGGUGGGCUGAGCCCGGGCCGCCGCCGCUGUCGCCGCCGCCGCGGGGAAGGCCGGAGCGGAGAGCGCGGGUCGCGGAGGAGAGCGCGGCCGCCGGGCACCCGGUGCCCGUCCCGGUGCAAGCCAGGGGCGCGCGGCGAUGUGAGCCAUGAGCGCGGCGUGGACCCUGUCCCCCGAGCCGCCCCCGCCGUCGACGGGGCCCCCGAUGGGCGCGGGCCUGGACGCCGAGCAGCGCACGGUGUUCGCCUUCGUGCUCUGCCUGCUGGUGGUGCUCGUGCUCCUGAUGGUGCGCUGCGUGCGCAUCCUGCUCGACCCCUACAGCCGCAUGCCCGCCUCGUCCUGGACCGACCACAAGGAGGCGCUCGAGCGCGGGCAGUUCGACUACGCGCUGGUCUGAGCCUGGCGGGCCCUCCUCCGAGGGCCCACCCGUCGGGGAUGCCGUGGGGGCCCGGCCGCCGCCGGGAUCCCUCCCGGAGACCCAGCCCCCGGCGGGAGGGCGUGAGGACCAGCCGGCCCUUCCCCUCCUACCCCGCCCAUCUUCCCUCCUGGCCAGGCCGGAGCCUCACUUCGUGCCUUCGUCCCGCCCUGCUCUCGCCCCGUGACACCGGUCCCGACUCCGAAGCCCUGGCGGGAAGAGGAACCCCCUCCGCCAUCGUGUAGGUGACUAACGCCGAGCAUGAGUACCAUGUGCGUUCCUGGAUGCGGGGAGCCCCGUGUCCCCCCUCCGACCCCGGUGGUCUGGCCAUACUCCCGUCCCCCACCCCAUCCCCUGUAAGCGCUGAGCCCCCUGGCUGGGCUCCGGCCCCGCGCGGGGUUUACGCCGCGCUCCUGUGUGGCCUGCGCUGCCCGCCUGGGAGACCGAGCCUGAGGAGCGACUGUGCUGCUGUGUCCGGGAUGCAUGGCGCCCCCUGAGGGGGAAGGGCGCGGCUAGGCUCACUCCCGCCCUCAGCCCUCCCCGUGCAGGUCAGCAUGCCCCGCCCUUGGUCACCACCUGGACCCCUUGUAGGCCCUCCGGCCACUUCCCCUGACCCUUCCUGCCAUCCCCCCUUGGCCCUCCCCCUGCCUCUGAGCCAAUGGUGAUAAUAAAAGCUAUUAUUGAAUGCUUA